CUCUCCCGUCGCCUCGCGCAGCUCUGGGAGUCGCGUUGGCGACCGUCUGCAGCCCCCGCUGGUCGCCUGCGGAUGAGAUCGGAAUCUGUCAUUUUCAUCACCCGCUGAAAAGCGUCUCGGGGGAUCGCAGGCGAGCGGGGCCGCUGACCGCCGGGAUCCCGCCCGCCUUCCUUCCUUCCUUCCGUCCACCGCUGCCUCGCUUUCCUCUCCUCUGCUCGCCUUCGGGGCCUGCGAUUCCUCGAAUUUCCGCAGCGGUUCCAAUUUUUCAGGAGUAUUUGAAGCGGCGAGAGCUCGCAGUCCGCACACUCAUUCUCGCAUGAUCUGCCUGCUCCUCUGGGCCUGAGAAUACAGUACACUCUCUGCGCCGCGAGUAAGAAUUGGGUCGUCUGAGUCGAGCUCGUCGAGCAAGAGAGAGAGAGGGAGAGAGGGAGGCUGUUCCGGGGGAAGGAGAAGGAAGGAGAAGGAAGGAAGGAAGGAAGCGAUCGAGUGAUCCUGCGGUGGCAGCGCGGCAGCACCAGAAGCGGUCAGAUCCCGUCUGACUCAAAUCUCGUCUCCUACGUCGCGCUCUCUUUGUGCAGAGCAUUCCAUUCCACGCCCGGAUACAUUCGUUCCGCUGUCUCUCUGACAGGACGAGUGAGGGAGGGAGGGAGGGAGGGAGCGCGCAAGAGGAUUGUGCUUUUUUUAGAGGCCUGGGGGGAACGGGGUAAGAGAGCGGUAAGCCGGGGAGAGAGGGACGGAGAGAGAGCCAGUAUUUCACGGAUUCCGGGCCUGCGCCUGUAGAGAAGGAAGGGCGAAGGGGGACGGCGAGGAGGAGAAGCGCCAGAUUGGCACAGCGCGAUUCUGUGCGGCGAGUUCGCUGGAUUAGCACUGACACGAGAGAAAACGAGCGGCGGAGGCCAUUCUGAGACUCCGAGGGGGAGAGAGUGGGCGAGAGAGUGGGAGAGAGAGAGAGGGAGAGAGAGAGAGAGAGAGAGAAGAGAGCAAAGGUGGCGGCAAGUGAGUGAGUCCAACCAUCCAUCCAUCCAGCCUCGCUAAGCACUGCUAACACCGCGGAGGUGCGCCGCGCAGAAUCGCAGGUCGUGGGGGGCACUCUUGAUACAUAAGCGAGCGGCAGAGCGCGGCUAGAGACACCUACCAGCCACACUCGCCAACGCCCCGCCCCGGCCAGGCCAGGAUAAGAAGUCAGGGGCUCGCCCGCCUGCAGCCCUCUUCGCUCGGACUCUGCCUGAUUCGCUUCGGCCUGCGGUCGGUCGGUCGGUCUUUUGCUCGUGCUGCCGAAGGUCCUCGCGAGGGCUUCGCUCACUCCGCUUCCGCUCAUUCGGUCGCUCGUGUUUGCGUUCGUUCCUUCGUGCGUGUUUGUGUGUGCUUUUGUGAGUUAGAGAGAGAGAGAGAGAGAGAGGGUUGACAAAGUUUGGUGUGAGAAAAUCGUACGCCUCUCGAGGGAAGGAAGAGGAGGAGGAAGGUGCAGCCGGGCGGAGGAGGUGGUUCGGAUUGAGACUCGGGCCCUUCCACCAUGGCGACCGUGGCAGGUGUACUUCGAGUUUUGUCCGUUAGCAAUAAUAAUGCAACGGCGCUCGCACCAUGCAGUCCGAAAUUCUCGUCUUCGUCGCCGACGGCCGCAGCGUUCGUCUCACUGCGCGGGGCUCUGACCUCGGGCAAUCUUCGCGAGAGGAGCAACAGCCUGCAGCAGGCAAUGGGGCAGGCGCACAGUCUGCAGCAGCAAAUGGGGCAGCAAUCGAGGAAAUCCGUCGGCCCCAUCAGGGCCGGGCUGAUCACGCCCGACGGGGGCGUGCUCGUCGAUCUCAUUGUCGCCGACGCGCUCAAGGAGAAGCGAUUAGCCGAAGCGCCCACGCUCCCGCAUGUCAACAUCACCAAGAUCGACAUGGAGUGGGUUCAUGUUCUGUCCGAAGGGUGGGCCAGUCCGCUGCGGGGCUUCAUGCGCGAGAGCGAGUACCUCCAGGCCCUGCACUUCAACUCCAUUCGCUCCAUGGAUGGCACGCUCGUUAACAUGUCCAUCCCUAUCGUGCUCGCCAUCGACGACGUGCAAAAGGAGAGCAUCGGCAAGGACGCCGAGGCCGUCACUCUCGUAGGACCCGAUGGCGAGCCCGUGGCCAUCCUCCGCAAUUUUGAAAUUUACAAGCACAACAAGGAGGAGCGAAUUGCGAGGACGUGGGGCACGACGGCGCCGGGGCUACCGUACGUGGAAGAGUAUAUUAGGAAUUCCGGCAAUUGGCUGCUGGGGGGCGACCUGGAGGUGCUGGAGCGCGUCAAGUACAACGACGGGCUCGACCACUACCGCCUGUCGCCGGCGGAAUUGCGCGCCGAGUUCGAGCGGCGCAACGCCGACGCCGUGUUCGCCUUCCAGCUGCGCAACCCCGUGCACAACGGGCACGCGCUGCUCAUGACCGACACGCGCCGGCGCCUGCUGGAGAUGGGCUUCAAGAACCCCAUUCUGCUUCUCCACCCGCUCGGGGGCUACACCAAGGCCGACGACGUCCCCCUGGAGUGGCGCAUGAAGCAGCACGAUAAGGUGCUAGAGGAGGGGGUUUUGGACCCGGAGACGACCGUGAUCGCCAUCUUCCCCUCGCCAAUGCACUACGCGGGGCCGACCGAGGUGCAAUGGCACGCCAAGGCUCGCAUCAACGCGGGAGCUGAUUUCUACAUCGUGGGCCGGGACCCCGCUGGAAUGGGCCACCCCACGGAGAACCGCGACCUCUACAACCCCGACCACGGGAAGAUGGUUCUGAGCAUGGCCCCCGGUCUCGAGAGGCUCAACAUCCUGCCGUUCAAGGUUGCUGCCUACGACAAGACGAAAGGGCAAAUGGCCUUCUUCGACCCAAAGAGAUCAGAGGACUUUUUAUUCAUCUCCGGCACGAAGAUGAGAAAUUUUGCCAAGAGCGGAGAAAGUCUUCCGGACGGAUUCAUGUGCCCCGGAGGCUGGCAGGUGCUGGUCGAGUACUAUCAGAGUUUGAACAAGGAACAAGACAAUGAUUCCAAGGUAGAGCAGGUGCAGCAAGCCCCCAAAGUGCUCAAGGACCCCGUUCCCGUGUAGGCUGGGUGACGGACUCGCCUCUGCGGAGGCGAACGAAACCUGUGAAUUAGUCGUCAUUACAUUGCAUGGCACUGGUAGAAAAUUUUGUUGUAUGACAUGAAGACCACUCUGCUCGGCUCGGCCCGGCCCGACCUGGCCCGGCCACCGAGGUGAAAAUUCGUCUGUACAGUGUCUGUUGGAAGGGGGGUAGGUUCGAGACUGCGGGGCUCCCAGCGGAAGCCCCCGCGUAGGCUUACCGCCGUUAUGUACCUUAUUACUAUGUUGGAGGAUGGCGCCGGGGCUCCGUGCGCACGCCCGCCCGCGUGGCCGCAGCACCGGUUCUAGUGAAGUUGGCUCGAUAGCGACUUGCCAUCGUCGUACACCCCCGGUUGCAUAUUCUUAGCGACGGCGACAAUGAGAGUCGUCCGCGACCCGAAAUCGAUGUGGGGAGGAAGCAAUUUUCUCGGAAAGUGAUAAUGAUAAUCGUACCCGAAGGGGAAAGUUAGAGUUUGUAGCAUCUAGAGAAAAUGCUGUAGUAUACGCACCGAAUGUAAUGUGACGAGAAUCAACUUUGUCAACUUUCUCUGGGGACAUUCCUCGGAAGUGAAUCUUAAUUCUAGUCCAGAA